CCGAAGUCUAAGCUUGUCCCACAACCCUGACGUCAGAACAAUGCAGCUCCAACAUUGGUCGCAGCCGUCGAUCCGCCAGGAGAAGGAGGCGGGGUCCAAUCCUUGAAUGACGGCUCCAGCUAUCCUGACACUCGGGAGUCUAGCCAGCCUCCGGGACUCACACGGGCCUUCCUAUUUAACGUUGACUGCUUGUUCAGAUAGCAGAUGAAAGAGACGGACUGCCUAAUAAAUUCUCUUAUCACUGGGGGAUGUUGUGGAUCGUGUGCGGACUGUAUGAAAAGGAGACACAGGGUCGAGGCGGAGCGGACGUUUCACAGGUUGAUGAUCCUUUCUGGCACGGAGCGGGGAAGCCAGCAAAAGUAAAUACAUGGUCUUGGUCUCUAUAGGCUGUUCCUAGACACAGCAGCUCACAUGUAAAGGAGAAAUAGGCGGUGCCUGAUGUUUCCUGGAAAAAUACAGACCCCAGAAUGACACAUUUUGCGUUUGCAGGUUUUGAUACAUUCGCUCAAGUUGGCGCUCAGACUUGGGCUACGAUCCGCAUGUGGGAAGCUUGAGGACCGUCUGUCUAGAACAUUUUGACAGUUAGCCAAUCAAAUCUGGUAUUCAAAUUGGUUCUCUUAUGUCAGUGACCUAUAUCUCAUGCAUGUGCGCCAAAAGCCCACAGUAAACUCUCCACCAGAACACACAGAAUGGGGAUCAACGGGAUAGACAACCAGACGCAGCCCUCCAGCGGAGAGUCCCGAACGGAGGAGCCAGCUGCAGAUCUUCAGAUGGAGCAAAGAGAUGCUCCCCAAGAAGCAGGACAGAGGAAGGAGGACCAGGCGGCUGGCGACCAGUGCAAAAUCGUGCAAGAGGACAGCACCGUGCAGCUGAUCGAGGCCGGGUCCAAGCCGCCUCUCUCCCCGGUGUCUGAACCCGAGGCAGGGGUCCAGGUGGAGAAGCACGGACAUGGAGGCGGGUUCGUCCCACCAGAAGGAGGCUACGGCUGGCUGGUGGUUUUUGCGGCAACCUGGUGUAAUGGGUCCAUCUUCGGGAUCCAAAACUCUUUUGGCAUCCUGCAUUUGAUGCUGGUGAAGGAGCAUGCCAACCCAGAGGACAAGACGUCUCAGUUCAAAGUGGCCUGGGUCGGAGCCCUCGCCAUGGGAAUGAUCUUCUUCUGUUCUCCCGUUGUAAGCAUGUUCACGGACCGGUUCGGCUGUAGAAAGACAGCAGUCUGUGGGGCGGUAGUGGCUUUCAUCGGGUUGCUCAGUACAUCCUUUGCAAACACGCUGAGUCUCCGCUAUUUCACAUAUGGCAUACUUUUCGGCGGUGGCUCCUCCUUCGCCUUCCAACCCUCGCUGGUCAUCCUCGGUCACUACUUUCGUCAGCGGCUCGGCCUGGCCAACGGUGUGGUGACUGCUGGUGCCAGUCUGUUCUCCAUGGGCCUCCCGGUGUUCCUCAACAAGGUGGUUGAACCUCUGGGCCUCGCCAGAACGUUCCAGAUCCUCAGCAUCUUCAUGCUGGUUCAAGCCAUGCUGGCACUGUUGUUUAGACCUUUACUGCCUCCCGGAGGAGGCAUGGGGCCCCCAGGUAUGGGUCCCAGCCCUACCAAACCCCAAACCCAGCCAGGUGCUACCGCUCAGGCAGGGAGCAGGUGGAGCAAGGUCGUGGGCGAGGUCAGGAAGUACUUCAACCUGCGUGUUUUUCACAUUGUGACUUACCGGGUGUGGGCCUUUGGAGUAGCCACAGCUGUGUUGGGCUACUUUGUGCCGUAUGUCCAUCUGAUCAACUUUGUGGAGAAGCAGUUCAAGGAGACAGAGAAGGAAUGGGUGCUCCUGGUUUGUAUAGGUGCUUCAUCUGGGUUGGGACGCCUUGCUUUUGGCAAGAUCGGAGACCACAUUCCUGGUCUUAAAAAGAUCUACAUGCAGGUGGUAUCAUUCAUGGCUCUGGGCCUGAUGUCCAUGAUGAUUCCUCAGUGCAAGGUGUUUGAGGGCCUGGUGGUUGUGUGCGUGUUCCUGGGGCUAUGUGACGGUUGCUUCCUCACCAUGAUGGCUCCCAUAGCUUUCGAGCUAGUUGGGCCCAUGCAGGCCUCACAGGCCAUAGGCUACCUCCUUGGUCUCAUGGCACUUCCCAUGACAGCGGGUCCACCCAUUGCCGGUCUCCUUCAUGAUUACUUCGGGAACUACACAGUGGCCUUCUCCCUGGCGGGGGUGCCACCUAUAAUUGGAGGAAUUGUGCUCUUUUUUGUUCCACUGAUACACCGUAAGCUCCAGAGAGACCAGGCGGCAGGGUCCCCAGAAGAAACGUCCACAACUGCCCACAUGUUGCCCCCCACCCAACCAGCAGAGGAGCCCAAGAACUGCUCUAAUGGAGUCAUCCUACCUGGCUACACUGACAUAGAGACCCACAUCUGAGUCGCAUUGUAAAAAGGGAUUCAGCCCACCAGCACUUUUUCCUCAUCUUUAGAUUGACCUCCUCCCAACCAUGAACUUCCUGUUGGCUGACCUUUAACCCUCUAACCCUCCUGGACUCUCAUCGUUAGCUGUUUUCAUGUGGAGAGAAAUCUAGAAAAGGGGCGCUCUGACUACGAGCCACAGAGAGGAAGAAGAGAAGGACUUCGGAGUAGGACCAUGGACAUGCUAAUGGAGGAUAAGCACAACACAGUCUCAGCUAUGAUUGUUUCAUGAGUGGGGACUCUGUCGUAACAUAAACCUCCAAGAGGAAAGAAAUGAAGAGAUUUUAUCCCACAGUGGUAGUUUCUGUUUUCACAGCUUUUAUCUCACUACCAAGCUGUUUAAAGCAGCAAAGUACUAAGCUUUCUUUUUUGUUUCUGUGCAGACACAUCAAGGUAAGAGGCAUAUGAAAAUAAGACUUAAUGAAGGGAUACAUUCACACUUUCUUUACUUACUACUUUAUGCAUCUAAUUUCCUAACACAUCACACAGCACCCUGUUUAGUUUGAGUAGCUGAAAAACAUCUUUAUCUCAAAUUACUUUCAUUGUUCUUCUUUUCUGCUGUGAUGGCUAGAAGGGUAACAUUUUAAAUGUCAUAGGACAGACAAUUUAUCUGAGAGAUCAGCCACCUGACGCAAUCACCUCAGCUAAACCGCACACUGUAACACACAGUCCUCACACCACCCAGGCUCCAAAAACAAACUUCACCAAAUGUACCACUCUACCAGCCUGCCUGCCUGGGAUUUAUACGCCAUAGACCCUAGAGUUUUAGAUAUGUCCAUGGUUUGAAUAUACAGGUCAGUGACCUUUUAGCUUAAUGCAGGGUAAAGUACACAGUCAAAGUCAACAAGGCAGAAAGCUGCCCGAAGUGAUGAAACUUAAGACUACUUGAUAGGUAUUCUCUCCUCAGCCUUUUACAGCCUUAACUGUCAGUGUCAUCAUGCUCUACUGUUUUAACCGGCAUUCAAAGGUUUUAGCAGGGUGCUUGACAAAUCCGAGUAAACUGUGUUUGUUACAACUCUCAAUCAAUGUUUUUGUAUUGUGAACACUGUGUACUCUUUAAAGCGGAAAUCAUGCUAUUGUGAAGAUUCAAGAGAUUGGUUGCUGAUGGUAGCAUCGAUCUUUGUCAACCUCAGAGAAGGCAUAUUGUAUCAUUUUAUCCUGAACUUUUCCUCUCUUUGAAUGUGUGUGUGUGUGUGUGUGUGUGUGUGUAUGUGUGUGUGCGCAUGUGCAUGCGUGUGGGGUUGUGUGUAGCACCUGCUUUUUUUUAGUAAAUACAGUGGUGUGUUUUUAUGCAACUGUGUUACAAUCUAUGGAUAAGUAGUGACUACUGAAGCUGCCAAAUGGCCCGAGCCCUCAUCAUGCCAUCUCACGGAUAAUCAAACAAUUUUUGCUGCUUUAGUUCGUGUCAUGAGGGCGUCACUCACUGUGUCGGUAGUAAUGAAACUUAAACGUCUCAGCUUUAUUGAGACAUUCUUUUUUUUGAGUGGAUAGUUGCAGUUAUUUUUAUAUUUCACAAACACUUGGACCAUGUGGUUUGCACUCUCAGAUUUGGAAUUCUCUUAGACAGUUAGUUUUAAUAGACAGAUCUGAAGUAGAACUGCAAUAAUUGAGUGUUUGACUCUCUGAUUAAAUGCGUAACCGAAUAGUAGCAAGAGGGGAAUUUUAGCGAGGUGUUUUCCUUUCUUUCCGUCUCCCUCUCUGCUCUCACUGUCAUUAUUCAGUUGGCUCCUGUGUCACUGCGCUCACAAGCCUACAAUGCUACACGAACCUCACUGCUGAGUGUAGCCACUUUGAGGGUAUUACUAUAGGACAGUUCUGGACAGGUGACAUACACCAAUACCUCAGUAAUUAAACAAUCCUCAGCAGCCCAGCUGAACGCAUCAAUACUCUGCAUUACUUUUUAGCGUGUUUGUUCCAUGUGUGUGGUGUGUUGUUGUAAUGUAAAUCAGGUCUCAGAGCCACAAAGCUGCCAAACAUCUGGUUUCAAUCAACUUCGCUUCCUCAGAAACCUCACUAGUGUCCGUUCGGUGCCACAGUUUUGGAAAAGUCAAACUGACAUCCCUCAUACUCUAACAGUCGGUGCAUUAUCAGUUUAGAGAUGGACUCCUCUUUAUUUUUCCUUCAUAACCUUUUGUGUCUUUGUUCUGAAUCCACACCAUUCCUUCAUUAGCCUCUCUUCAUCAUUGAAGCUGUUACAUAGACGUGUAAUAUUCUUAAGUAAAGAUAAUAGAGACACUGAAUGGUCAUAGUAUGGAACCAUACAAUGGUUACAAUAUAGGCCUCUAGUUGACUAAGGCAGUGUUAGGCUGUGCAAAAAAUGUAGAGUAAGGAAAGUUUAAGGGAGCGGUGUAUUCACUGGGCCAAGCUAGUACUCUGUUGAACUCAGUAAUAUUUUUUGCAACCAGCCUCAAAAUCUACACAUCGGCUUGAAGCAGUAGUCCUAUAAAAGCAUGGGUACAUCACUCAAAGUGACUCAUGUGACAGUAUUUUGUUUCCAAAGUGAUUUAAUGGAAUCAGUGUCCUGCCUAAUAAAUAAGUGAACUGUGAAAUUAUAUUUAAUUGUUGAAUGUUAUGAAGGUUGCAGGAGAAACUUUCUAUAAAAAAAAUGCAUUUAAAAUGUCCAGUUAGACAGCAUUGAUUCAAAAUAUAAUUUUGACAUAUUUGCACUUAAAGUGUUGUGUCAAACUGGCGGCCUGUGGCCUCUAAAUCUAAGAAUAUAGCGAAUUAAUUUAAAAGACCACAGAGGGCUUCCCCUCUGAUCUCAGCAUGGCUGAGAAUAUUGAAUGUGUUUCCCAAACAAAACGUGUCCGUCUCUACAAAAUGUAGUAGAAUUGUUUAGUUUCUGUUUCUGUUGUUUUUUUUGUUUGACUGUGAACUAAUUUUUCACCCCCAGUUUUUACAUGUUAAAUACGUUGUCACAUUGCUAGCCAGCAGCUUGACAUUGUUUCGUGAUGUAAACCGUAUAUUGACAGAGUGAGACAUGACAGUAACCUCAGUUGAAAACAUAUCUGCCUUACAGUUACUGAACAGCUGUGAUACAUCAGAACCAGAUUAGAGACAUCUCAUGUGUUGUGACUUUAUCAGAUUUAAUGUGAUUUUUUUUUUACUUCUGUUUCUUUGUUGUUAUCUGUAAAGUCAUUAUUAAUCUUAACAACCUCCUUCAUUGAUUUCCAACUCAUGCAGUUUCUGGUCAGAACCAGCUGGAUGCUUCUUUUUUAUUAGAAAAUAUAUCAACAUGUGUACUUUAUAUGUUUUGUAAUGAUUUUUAAUCAAACUAAAACCGUUUUUAAUGUGUUUGUUCGUUUGUUUUAAAUCAUUGAUAUUUUGUUUAGUGUUGUUAGUGAUACAUUUCAAUGACUACUGGAAAAAGAGGAGAUGUGAAGCUAGUUGAAUGGUUCACAAUUGAAAGAAUAUAUGUCAAAGUGAAGGAGCUGAAUGAAUGAAGAAUGACACAUUAUACCUGGAUGGUGAAUCUGAACAUUUGUUUAGCCACUAAAGUCCUUUCAUCUAUGCAGCAUCACUGAACUUGUAGUCCACUUCUUUAAAGCUCCUGUGAGGAACUUUCAGUUUCUGUUGAUUUUAGCGCCCCCUGUGAAGAAAGCAGUACCUCUUAUCUAUUUGCUGAUUUUACAUUAUACAUUAUAAUUAGUUUAUCUGACAUCUACCCCGACAGCAUUAUAAAUGAUUACAUAGAAAUACUCAACCUUUAUGCUGAUGAUUUGAUUUGCUUUAAUAGGUCAUACAGAGGUAAUAUAUAAGUCUGUUUCAUGCCCAGUUAAAAACUCCUCACAGGAACUUUCAGUCAGAACAUGUCAAACUCUAAAAGAUUCUCGUUUGCUCUCAAAUGUGCAUUCAUCUUCUCAAGGACAUUCUCAAACAGCCAAAUCUUCAAUGGAGCCCAUUACCCAAACAAUAACUUCUUAUACUACAUGUUUUAUUUCUGCAUGUUUCUGAUGUUUUUAAGACUUCCUUCUUCUGACUGUUUUGGGACUUUUCCCGGACAUUCAAAAUAGUGGGAACUUGAACAUUCCCCUCCAGGGUUUGUUUUUCUUUAUCUUCUGGUGCUUUCCUGUGUCAAACAGUGAGCAGGUCAGAGCUACAGAGAUGCACAGUUGGAACAUAAUUAGGCAUAGGCUUGUACAAAACCUCAUGUCAAGAUAACACUUGCAGACAUUAUUUGGUUUUCUUUCAUUAUAAUAAAAGACAACACUUUUCUACUGCUUGCGGUCAAUGUGUCAUUCACUCCUUAAUUAGUUUUAUUCAACUAAGGCUUUUCAUCUAGCAUUCUGGCUGCUGUUAUCUGUCAGUAAGCUGUCAAAAAUCAGAGCUCCGACUCUCUCUUUAACCUUAUUACAAAUUUCCUUUGGCAGAAACAACAACUGACUUGAAACAAAGCCAGACUACUACAACAUUGAACUUUGUCAUUCUGCUCUGCAGCGUGCCAUUUCUCUGCUCCUCUGACCUCAAUCUGUUUAACUGGAGUGCUUUUUUCCAGCCAUAAAAACAAUAUGUGAAAUAAGAUAGCUGAAGGUCUAUGUAUCGUGAAGCUGAGCCGUGAUUUGCAAAAAUUCAACAUGCAACAGUCCUCUUUUAGUAUCAAACUGUCUCAGCUGUUUGAAGAAAGCAUCAUCUUUUUAAUGGAUGUAUAGACCUUUAUAUGCUCCCCAUGUUGUAAUCUCUGUAUUAUUCAUGCAUAGUUUCCAUUAGCUGGACUAUAGGCAGUCUGUUUUCACAGCUCUAGCUGCUCCAGCUUUUUCUGGUGAUAAAUCUCAUUUAUGUCUCUGUAUGGUCUCAGGGCAUCUCUCCAUCCGGGCUUUCCCAUAGCCUUACAUGUUCAUAGAAGAGAAAAAUGUCAGCGCUGGGCUCUGCUUAACUUUUCUGCUGCAGUUAAACCUCUUUGGCCUGUCCUUCCUACACAAGCUAUACCUUUUUAUAAAAGUACCUGUCUCUGUUUUAGUCAUUUUACAAAACAUUCUAACAAGGCCAGUGAUGCCACAAAAUCUGAAAUCAAGUCAUGCUGCUAGAAGAAUUCAUGUAAUUUUGUGUUUUUGUCAGAGUAAUUUUGGAUCUGUAUCAAAAGAGGCACAUUUUUUUCUAUUCAACUGACAAUAAAGACGUAAUAUGAAAACCA